AUGAAGAGGAUCGCCAUAAUUCGUGGGGUUUUCCCACCCCCGCAGCGACGAUGGCACGACGUGCGGGCUAUACGAAGAAGGCAAUAUUAUUUCUCCUCCAUGAAAGACAUAAAUGGGUUGAAGAGUGCCAUUUUAAAUUAUGCAGACUCAGUGGAGGAGUUACCUCAGAGGAGAAAAGAACAUGAAGCAAAAGUGAAAGCCAUUUUUGAGGAGCACUUGGGUGGGUAUCCGAGAGAGGACGAAAUGGUAAAUCUUUGCAUGGAGUCAUGUGAAAAAGACAUACUAAAUGGAGACGUGUCCAACAUAGAAAGGUAUGUACAGGACAGGCAUGCAAGUGGAAACAACAUAAACGUGGCAAAAGGGAAGGAAGAACAGUUUUUGCGCAGAACAAAGUUCCUUAAAAUAUUAACCACCUGUGGUAUUAGGGUGUCACCCAAGGUGUUGCUGUACUACGUCCUCGAAGCAGUCACACAACUAGGAACCCAUCUGGAACAACACAAGGGGAACAUAAUUAAACACGAUGCUGUGACGAAGAGGGAAAAUUAUUUCCGCAUUAAUAGUUACUACUACGAUAAAGAAAGGGUAGAUGUGCCUUUCAUGUCUUUAUACAAAUCGCUAAGCAACCUACUGUACAGCGUAAGUGAAAACAGGAUCGAAUGUGCGGAAGCGUAUGAACAUGUGAAGGAUCAGAUUGUCCAGAAUUAUAUGAACAUAGAAGACGUUGUGAGGAAGGCACCCGCGUUUCUUAACAUUAGUGUGUUCUUCUUCCUCAUCAAUUGUCACAUCUACUUGGGGAAAAGUAUAAAAAUGAGAAACCUAUGCAUAGAUGUACUGAACCCGUAUGUAAGUGCCAUCUCAGACGAUGAAAUGAACAUUUCUUCGGACGACACCUUUUACCUAAUUUUGGCACUGCGCCUUUACUUUAGCAGCUUUUCCUACAACUCAGACGUUCUAAAUCAGCUAAGUAUCUACAACAAGCAGUUCGUCUCCUCCAUACUAUCUUUACCAAACUAUUCGGAUGGGGUUCACACGGAUCAGAACGAAAAGUACGUGUACAUAACGGAGUUCCUUAAUAGACAAGACAAAAGCGUCGAACUGAAAAAGGUGUACAUCCCUCCAUUUAGCUACUCCCUAACUUCUUUGAAGAACCAAACGGUUUACAUUUUGGACUCACCUCAGCAGUACUAUGCUAAUGAGGCGGCCACCCUGCGCAGCUGCGUCUUCUGGAGGUACUACCUGGCCUCGAAGGACGGAUUCACCCUCUUGCGUCUCUGCCAAAAGGAGGACUACGCAGAUUUGUUCACCGAGAGCAAGAGGGACGAAGUUUUGCAGGCAUCUAUCAGUAAGCAUUACUUAUACGACUGCGAUCAGUUGGUUCGCCCACCCGGGAAGAAGCUUACAGAGGGUAAAGGUUAG